UUUUCUUCCUGUUUGAGAAAUAUAAAUAUGACAGUCGUGACUGUGGAUUGCCAUGCUUAAUACUAAUGUGAGUGCACCCCCCUUUGGACGUGUGUUAUUUCCGCGUAAUGCAAUAUAAGACAGAACAAAGCCGAGACAGGAUGAUAAUUCGGAUAAUUGCUCUACUGUUCGUCGCACGAACAUGUAUGGCAGUGACGGUGAAUAUACAUGGGGUGGUGACAAACUGUAGCCUGAACUGUGUGUGCUGUAAAGGAGGAAGGAACAAGUGUUAUUCUGAUUACCGUUGUUCGGAAGGGUGUGUUGAUACCAUAUAUGGUCACAGAUGCCACAACGCUUGUAAGGGAAACUGUUAUACAUGCGAACAAAAUCACGGAACACAAUGUUACACCUGCAAGGCUGAAUUUUAUGAUAUAGCCAAUUUGUGUAACGAGAGAUGCUCAGUUGGGUGUGAUGAUGGAACAUGUGAUGAUAACGGAAAUUGUAGUCCAUGUACAGCAACUUUUGCUGGAAAUAAAUGUGACACUUGCAAGCGGGGGUUUACUGGAUCCUCUUGUACCGAAUGCACUACUGGUUAUUAUGGAAUCGACUGUAAACAAUGUCCUAGCGGAUGUAGAAAUGAAAAUUGUAUGACUGAUGGAACAUGCUACCAAUGCAUUGAUAAACUUUAUGGGACUAACUGUAACAAGACUUGUUCUGAGGGUUGCAGAGGUGGGGCUUGCAAUCAAGAUGGUUCGUGUAUCUGCAAAGAACAUUUUACUGGUACAAAAUGUGAAACUUGUAAAGAAGGGAAAUACGGAAACGAUUGUCAGCAUACAUGUAGUGUUGGUUGUGUAACAUCGACAUGUGACCGUAACACCGGGUCCUGUGCUUGUCGACCUAAUUUUACCGGCGCUACAUGCGAGCAAUGCAAUGAAGACACUUACGGACAAUCAUGUGAUUUACAUUGCUCGGAUAAAUGCAGAUAUCGGAAAUGCGAGAAAGGUGAUGGAGCAUGCACAUUUGGUUGCGUGGCUGGUUAUUCGGCCUAUUUUCUGCAUGUUGUGAGUGUCCUGCAAAUUGUAAAGGUGGUUCUUGCACGACAGGACCCCAAUGUACAGAUGGAUGUAAAGAUGGGUUUUAUGGCAUGA